UAAUGAUUUAAUCGAAGUGCUUGGAGAAUAGAUACACACCUCGACAUUUCCUAUCCAACUGUAAGUCCAUUAGAGCAUAGUCAAAUAAGUCUCCGUAAUUCUUGUGCACAGUUUUCACUUCAGGCAAAAGAUCAAUCAAUGAACAACCAAUUUGAAAUUUUAUAUGUAUGUGUGUGUGCACUUGAGUAAUGAAAAUAAAGAGGUGGAAAAUGGGUGAAUUAAAGCCAUAUUUGGCAAUGUUUGUGGUGCAAUUGAUACAGUCAGGGCUAACCUUGCUGUCCAAGGCUGUGUUUAACAGGGGAAUGAAUACUUUUGUGUUCAUAUUUUAUAGACAGGUGACUGGUGCACUUAUUUUGGUUCCUCUGACCUUGAUACAUGAAAAGAAAAGCGCAGUGUCAGUGUCACUUUCAUUUCCAACCUUCUGCAAGAUUUUUGCGAAUUCAUUUCUCGGACUAACUUUGAGUCUGAAUUUGCAAGCUAUUGCUCUUGUUUACACGUCUGCCACUUUGGCUGCUGCAAUCAUCAAUUCCCUCCCUGCAUUUACGUUUUUCUUUGCUGUGCUGCUCAGAAUGGAAAAGGUGAAUAUAAGGACAAAAUGUGGAGUUACGAAGAUAGCAAGUGUAUUUCUGUGCCUGGUUGGUGUAGCCACCCUUGCAUUUUACAAGGGACCACAGUUAAGGAUUGCUCAUCAUCAUUACUACAAUCAUCAUGAGGAUCAUUUUUCAUCCACCAAAAGAUGGAUAUUGGGUUCUUUACUCUUGUUCAUAGGCGUCAUCAUCUGGAGCCUUUGGCUUGUAAUUCAGGCUCAGAUUCUUAAAAGCUACCCUGCAAAGCUGAAGUUCACGACCCUUCAGUGUUUAUCGAGUGCAAUUCAGUCAUUUGGCAUUGCUGUAGCUUUUGAAAGAGACAUUGAGCAGUGGAAGUUGGGUUGGGACAUGAAACUGCUUGCAGUUGUUUACUGUGUAAGAGUGAAACAAAUGGGGAUACUAGUGACUGGAGUGAUCCACUGCUUGCAAAUUUGGGUUAUCGAAAAGAGAGGACCAGUUUUUCCUGCGAUGUGGAACCCGCUAAGUUUUGCGAUUGCUACCACAGGUUCUAUAUUUCUAUUGGGCGAGCCCCUAUUUUUGGGAAGAACAACAUAGCAAGAAUGGAUAUAACGCUGGAAGCAUGAGAAGGAAAUCCUAAGCCGACGAAAUGUGCCCCCAAGAUGACACCUGCUAUGCCUGCUUCCACCCACUCCUGCAGCACCCACUUACAUCCCUUCAAGCUGUCUUCUGCAUUCAUCAACCUUCAAUACUUGCUUACUGUUUCCUUUCUAUAUAGACGCUCCCUCUUUAAGAUUCCCCUGUACCAUGGAUUGGACCGGAUGAGUUUCAAACAUCUUCUUGUACAUGGUAGUAAGAGUUCUUGUACAUGGUCUUUUUUCUGUCCAGCAGUUGUAACUGAGCACCUGUACCAUUUAUGGUUUUCCUUCAUCCCUUCA